AUGGCUUCGUUCCAACCCCGAGUAUCGCUGAGCUUCGUCGCACGAUAUUUCCGUGCCUUCUCGCCCAUCGAGGGGAAACGAUACAUCACAUGCCACUCCUUGCGAAAUCAAGGGAGCUUAAAAAGUGUGGAUGACGAAGCUUUCAAUUUGCUUGCAUCGCAUUACAAAAAUGGGAACUGUCUAAACUUAUCCGUAAGUAACAAUAUCAUGCCAAAAUAUUUACGGGAAUAUUUUUCACUGGACUUGAAUAAAAACCUUUCCUUUGAUGUGAACCAUUUAAAAAUGAUUGAAGACAGGGCAUUAAGUUUGUUCCACUUGGAGCCAAAAUAUUGGGGAUGUACAUUCGGCCUAAACAGCACUGCUGAUUACCCCCCCGGAGAACUGGAUGAUCCCUUCCUUAUCACGUUAUUUCAAAGUCUUACUAAUUACAAAAGUAGAGUAAUGAACAUAAAUUUUGCCCUAUCAGAAGAAAGGGAAAAAAGUAACCCUCUUAUAGAAAACUACUACGACUGCAUGAAUGUAAAAAUUAACGACAAAAUCGAUUAUGAGGAAAUACGUAAAAUAUAUGACGCGUUUAACCCCCAUUUGGUAUACGUGGACGAAACGAACAACCCUCACAAUUUUAAUUAUGAUUUUUUUAGGACCUUGAAAGACAUAAACAAAUGUGUAGUCGUUACAAAUAUUAGCAAUAAGGGUAGUUUAAUUUCGCAGGAUUUUAUUCCCUCUCCUUUUAACCAUUCCGAUGUUGUGUAUACGUAUUUUAACGAAAACAUGAGGGCACAUAAUUGUAAUGUUAUUUUUUACAAAAGGGGGUUAAAGCAGGUGGACACGAAGGGGAAAUUAAUUCAUUAUGAGUAUGAAAAAAAACUGAAAAAUCAUUUCCUGCCCAUUCGGGUAAAUAACACAAUUUUUUCCUUUCUGACGUCGUUCAGAAUGAUGAAAAAUUGCGAAUUUAAGGAGUACGUAAUUCAGUCCAGAGAAAACACACGUGCACUUUUGUCUCACUUGAAUAAAGAUUUGUUUAACAUACAAUAUGCACAAAAUAGUAACUUCCUAAAUUUAAAUUGUACAAAUUACCAUUGUAAUGUGUAUGAAUUUCACGAAUUUUGCAAAGAAUUAAACAUUUUUUUUGACAUUCUUAAUCCGUUUAAGUAUACCCAGAAAUCUUUUAAUGUUGGAACAAAUUUUUUGACGAGCAUGGGUCUCCUGGAGAAUGACAUGAAGACUGUAGCGGAGUUGUUAAACCGCACGCUUUCUCUAUAUGUUUGUGCAAAGCGGCAAAAUAAUUGCGCCAGCAACGAAUUUGUGCAAUUUUUAAAACACACUUUUGUUAAGUCUCCCAAUAUGUUGUCCCUUUCGAACGACAUUUUUUGUUUCAUAUCUUCUUUCCCCGAUGUACACAUUUGA